AUGACUUCUACUUUGUCGGAAACCGCUUAUCUCCUGCCCAGGGCUUUUUUCUCCUCAUUCCUCCUCAUAUUUCUCGGGAUUGUAGUGCAGUCUUUCAAAAAACGGAAAUAUCCCCCGGGACCCAGGGGUCUACCUGUUCUAGGUAACGUCUUCCAGCUGGAGGAAAAGAUCUGGAUACCUUUCAACAGAUGGAAAAUACAGUUCGGCCCUAUCGUCUACCUGAAUGUCUUCGGAAAGCCGUUGGUUAUCUUGAACACGUACGAAGCCGCCGCCGACCUUCUGGAUAAACGCUCGAACAUAUACUCUGACCGAGCUCCGAAUAUAGUCGUCCGCGACCAUCUGACGGGAGGUAAUGGAAUGGCCUGGAUGGACUAUUCCGAUUUGUGGCGACGGAUGUACCAGGUUAGCCACGAUGCGUUGCAUAAGAACGCCGUCAAGCUAUACCAUGGAAUACAAAAUACCGAGGCACUUAUUUGGAUUCAAGCUCUCUUCAGGGAGCCCGAGAGGUCUCAGGUUCAUACGAGAAGACUCGGGACAUCGCUGGUAUCGUCUGUGAUAUACGGACCUCCCCCUCUUAAGUCGGCAAACGAUCCUGCUAUUGCCCUGAUCAACGAGCAUGGAGAGCGCAUGACCAUUGCUGCAUUGCCGUUUACACAUCUGGUAGACUUCAUCCCGGCUUUGAGGCACCUGCCAAGUAGGAUGGUUAAGUGGAAGCGAGAUGCCGAGUACUGGUACGAAAAGGACUCGCGAAUGCAUGAAACUAUGUGCAACGAAGCAAAACAACGAAGCGUGAGCAGGUCAACUUCCUUGGGAUGA